CAUAACCCUCAAAUCCGAACCUACCUCUCUCUUUCCUCUUUCGUCAACAGUUUUGCUCCUGAAGAUCUCCUUCAAGAAGAUGUGAAAGAGUAGAAAACAGAUUGCUUUAUGGGCUUGAAUCUUGAUAAUCCAUCUAGGGUUUUAAGGGUCAUUCUAGAUUUCUCUUUUUUUCAAUUGGAAGAUGGAAAUUGAUCCAUUGUUGAGGGAUCUAAGCGAGAAGAAACAGAACUUUCGCCGGAAUGUGGUCUCACUUGCUGCUGAGCUCAAGGAGGUCCGAACCCGUCUUUCGUUCCAGGAACAAUCAUUCGCUAAGGAAUCUUUAACUAGACAGGAAGCAGAAGCUAGAGCUAGGAAUAUGGAACUAGAGAUUUCUAGAUUGCAGAAGAAUUUAGAUGAGAAAAACCUACAGCUUCAAGCAUCAUCAUCGGAUGCCGAAAAGUACCUACGGGACUUGGAUGAUCUUAUGUCACAACUUUCAUCCACAAAAGCAACAGCAGAUGCAAGUGCAGCUUCAGCUGAAUCUGCACAGCUUCAAUGCAAGGCCCUGUUGAAGGAACUGGAACAAAAGAAUAGGUCAUUGAAAGAGCAUGAGAGUCGAGUUAAUAAGUUGGGAGAACAACUAGAUCUCUUGCAGAAGGAUCUUCAAUCACGAGAAUCUUCCCAAAAACAACUGAAAGAUGAAGUCUUACGAGUCGAGCACGACAUCAUGCAAGCUCUAGCAAAAGCUAAUCAUGAUUCUGAAUUGAGGAGGAUACUUGAUGAGGUUUCACCUAGAAACCUUGACAACUUAGCCAAACUCUUAUCAACCAAGGAUGAAGAAAUAGCCAAGCUGAGAGACGAAAUUCGGGUUAUGUCUGCACACUGGAAGCUCAAAACCAAGGAUCUGGAGUCCCAAUUGGAGAAACAUCGCAGAGCCGAUCAGGAUUUGAAGAAAAGGGUUCUCAAACUGGAGUUUUGUCUUCACGAAGCUCGGGCUCAAACCCGAAAGCUCCAAAGGAUCGGAGAGAGAAGAGACAAAGCUUUGAAAGAAGUGAGAGACGAAUUAGCAGCAAAGAAUGGAGGUUCAGGUUGUGGCGAAAACCAAAAUUUCUGGGAGCGGCCAGGGUUCAAGAUCGGAGUAUCCGUGUCGAUGUUGAUUCUGGUGCUGUUGUCCAAGCGGUAGGACCAGAUAGCACCUAUACAAGCAUGUUGGUACUCUACAAACCUCGUGUCUACUAAGACGAUACACGAGGAGAGUUUGAUCAUGAAAGGAAGAGGUGUUUAGAUAGAGACACUCUGUUUAUAAAAAAACCCGACCUGCUUCUUCCAAUUUUCUGUAUUUCGGUCACCAUCAUCGAUGUAUCAAAGGUUCUGGUUAUAGCUAGUUUAAGUAGAGAUGGCAAAGUUAUGGCAUCAUCGGGUAAUUCUUGUUCCGAAAAACGAUGGUUGUUUUGGACUAUGUAAGUUGAUUGUAGAGUGGUCGGGGAAAUCGUAUUAGACUAUGAUUGUUUUCAAGUAAUAAAGUGGUAAAAAUAUCAAGAUCGUA